UCAGAGCAUAAGUUUCAUUUCUGUCAAAGUGAAACAGCUCAGUCAGAUCGUGAGUGAAAUGGCAGAUAAAGUCCUGGAUAUGGAGGCCUUAACAUGUCCCAUCUGUUUGGAAUUACUGAAGGAGCCAGUUUCUGUUUCCUGUGGACACAGCUUCUGUAAGGACUGCAUUCAAAACUACUGGGAUCAACAGGUGAAUUUCAAAUGUCCAGAGUGCAGGAGGAAAUACCGCACUAGGCCUGUCCUUAGCAAAAACAUCAUCUUAUCAGCUUUAGUGGAGCAGCUGAAGAAGAUGCCUGCUGACCACUACGCCGGGCCUCAGGACGUGGCCUGUGAUGUGUGUCCAGAAGAGAAGAAGCUGAAGGCACACAGGUCCUGUCUACAAUGUAUGGUCUCUUACUGUGAGGUGCACCUCCAGCCUCAUCACAAUGUAGCAGUGCUGCAGAGACACCAGCUGGUGGCGCCAUCCCACAAACUCCAGGAGAACAUCUGCAAGGAGCACAACAAAGUGAUGGAGUUAUUCUGCCGCACAGACCAGCAGCUCCUCUGCUGCCUCUGCUCUGUGGAACAGCACAAGGGCCAUGACACAGUGUCCUCUGCAGCAGAGAGAGCACAGAGGCAGGCAGAGCAGGAGGCCAAGAAGGACCUGCUCCUCCAGAUCCUCCAAGAUAAAGACACAGACCUCCAGAGUCUCCAACAGGAGGCCCAGGACAUCAGGAGCUCUGCCCAGAGAGCAGUGCAGCGCAGUGUGGACAUGUUCAGAGAGAUAGCCCUUCUCUUGGAGAGAAGACGCUCUGAAGUGGAGCAGCUGAUUCUGUCUGAGGAGAAAACUCAACUGAGCCGAGUCCAAGAGCUCCAGGACCAACUGCAGCAGGAGGCCACAGAGGUGAGGAGGAGCCUCUCUGAGCUGGAGGAACUGUCCAACAACCCGGAUCACAACCAGUUUAUCCUGCACUGCCUCUCACUGCCCACUGAGAGGACAGGGAACAGGGUUCUGACAGGACACAGACACUACUUUGAAGAGGUGACCAGAGCUGUGUCAGAGCUCAAGGACAAUCUCCAGCUCGCUCUGAAUGAGAUUGAGCUGCCAAACCCUCUGGAUUACAUCGAUGUAGUACCAGACUUAUUCACAGAUGUCAAUGUUGAGGCUUUACUUGCAGAACCUCCUGACUCACCGCUUCUUGUACCCAGCACCCGAGAACAGUUCUUGAAAUAUGUACGGGACAUUACACUGGGUAAAGAUGGAACUAACGUAUUGUGUCUGCAGAUGUCAGAGAGGAACAGAAGAGUAACUCAUGUGAAGAGACCAGACAGGUAUUGUUACCACGGAUAUGAUGAGGUCCUGAGCACACAGGAGUUGAGGGGCCGCUGUUACUGGGAGGUUCAGUUAUUGGGGACCGUGAGAAUAGCCAUUUCAUACAAAAAGUAUUUUAAAAGGGGUAUAUUUGGAACCAAUAAAGGAUCUUGGUGCUUAGAAACAGACAGGAAGACAUAUUCAUUUUGGUUUAAUAACAUGAAGUUGAGUUUCUCAGGCCCGAGUUCGUCUAGAAUCGGGGUUUACCUGGACCAGUUUGCAGGAUCUCUCUCUUUCUAUAGUGUGUCUGAUAAUACAAUGACCCUGCUCCAUAGAGUCCAAACCACCUUCACUUGGCCUGUGUUUGCUGGAAUAGGGCUUAAGUCUUAUGGAGACACUGCAUACUUUGCUAAACUUGAAUAAAUGAAAUUUUGAGUAGUUUAAAAAAUAAUAUAGUAUUCUCUUUUUAUUAACACAGCCAAAUAUACAGCGCAAUAUAAUAAUUAGUUACAUUAGUUACAUAUUAAAGUCUUUGUUCAUUAAAUCAAUACUCUUUGAUUUCGUUUUUGAAAACACAAAAUAAAAUCAUACUGAAAAUUGAGAUUGAUCAACAUAAAAAAAACUAAAUGUAACUAACUUGUUUUCCCGUGUCGCCCAGUCCAUUUGGUUUUGUGUAGGUGGUAUUUGGCUAGCUUAAUGAGUUUGUUUCAGAAGGUUUUUGAGAAUGGAGGAAUUGCCAAAGUAGAAGCCCAUGUGACUUUCCUGGUGGCUGAUCACAUCCUGUUUUGGUCAAACCUUUCAAUAUAAUUCAUACAUUUGUACAGCAGGAGCCUCUUUGAGUUGAAGAUGUCAUAUGUUUUGAUUUUUUAUUAUGUCAGGCAUGUCACAAUAAAUACUAUAUGAACUUAUCAAUAAAUGACAGAUGGAACUAGACAUUUGGGGAGUCAGUGUUUAAAGCAGAUUCUUUUUCUUUGUGGUGGAGAAUUUUUUUUAAAAUUUUUCUGUACAAUAAGAUAUGAGCUGUGGAGGGUCGAAUAACUAACUUAUGCCUCAUACUCAUACAUUUCAUGUUUUUAAAUAUUUUCAGUGGGGUUAUUCUGCUUUAGGGUUAUUGUGUCCGUGGCAUAAAUUUAUUCCAUUAUUAUUGUUUAUCAUGUAUAUUUUCUACUUCAAAAUGUGUUAUUGUGACUGGCUUUAAAUGCAAUGCAAAAUAUUGAUUUGUUUUUAUUACAUUUUUUGUUGAAUGUGACUGAAUAUGUUGGGAUUUCAAAUUGGACAGAAUUAGUUAUCAGUUAAUGUGAUGUAUUAUUUUGGUAACCUUGAUGUCAACAAAAAAUGUAAUGUUAUAUAUGUCUGUAAUGCAGCCUAUAUUGGGCUUUUUCUGUGAUUUCAUUGCUCAUAUUGUUUUGUAAAUACCAUGGC